AUGCCAACACUGUGGAAUUACAUCGGAGAGUCAUUUUCAUCAAAUGGUGGUGCACGGUUCUGUGCUGAAUACGUGAGAGCCGGGGCAAAACGCAUUUAUACACUUCAAAUCGAUGGUCCGAACACGGGACACUCACUGGGCUUUAUCUUCAUUCCCUUCUCUCCAGCUACAAUGAACGCAGUACAACAGAUCGCGUCUAUCGCGGAUGACCUUUUCAUUGUCAGAUGUACCUCAGUUGCGACUCUAUCAUUAUUUAUCUAUGACUAUUUCUGUACACUGGAUGAUGAGAUUCGGCUCGUAUGGAAGUCCCGAUUAUCUGUUGUAAAAUGUGUAUUCUUCGUCAACCGUAUUUGUGCCUUUACGUCGGCCAUCAUAGGCGUCUAUCUGUUCCUUCUGAAUUCAAAUGGAGAGAAAUGCGUCAACGUCCUCACUGCGUCCUCCUUAAUAAAUACUUCAAUAUUUAUUACUGGCGAAAUCAUCUUAUUCAUGCGCGUUUACGCGAUAUGGGGAUGCAGGCGCCCCAUUGCUUUCUUCCUCUUUUCAUUCUAUUUGGUUGGUGCAGUCGGAGGAUUCUAUGCAUCAGUACGAACGACGAAAACAGUUACAACAGCAUUCAUGCCAGAACUUUUCAAAAACGGUUGUCUGAUAUCAUUCACAUCGAGCGGCUUCUGGAUUUGCUACCUUGUUCUUCUGUGCCAUGAAUCCGUCAUGCUGAUUAUGAUUCUCUUCAAGACUUUCACUCUGAGCCGUCAAAUCACAUCUACUACUGUAGACAUGCUAAUUAAGGACGGCAUCGUCUACUACUUAUGCGUCUUCGCACUGACAAUUGGGAAUUUGCUCGUACUGUUCCUUGGUCCUUCCCAGCUCCGGGGUUUCCUCAUAAUAUUGCAAGGCAUCCUUCACAGUAUUCUCUGUGCACGCCUCUUGCUCCGUCUUCGUGGCGCUUAUCACUCUCUCACGAGCGAAGGGAUGCGCUCCAUUCGCCUUCAGUCUGAAUCCUCGGAUACGCAUCCCACUGUCUUGCUAUUCAAGAGGAGCGCAAGUGAUGGAGAUGAGCAUUUGCAAUUUUCUUCUGUAGGGUCAUCUUCCGUUUAG